UUCCUUAUAAAAUAUUAAAAAUAACAAUAAAUGAAAUAUGUAGAUAUAUGUAUUGGAAAAUAUUUAUUUCGGAAUAUAACGAAUUAAAUAAAAAUUAAUUUUUACGAUUUUUCUUUUUUGGGUUCGGCCUUUGCUCUCUCUCUCUCUCUCUUUCUCUCUCUUUUUUUCGCUGUGCUGCUUCUUCGCCUCUCUUUCUCUGUCUAUUUUCUCUCUUUCCAUUUUUUUUGUUCUUUCUCUCUCUAGAAUCUCAGAGCUUCCGUUGGCCAUUGAGAAAUAAGCUCUGGUCUUCUUUCCAGUGUGCAGAGUGGGAAGGAGUGUUGGGAAAGGAGUUUUGGAGUAAUAAAUGGCCGGGAUUGCUGGUGAGGAGUCUGGAGCGGGAAGGUCUAUGGAAGGGAUUUCAGGUGGCCAGCGUUGCCAAUCUGGGGAAGCAUUGGCAGAAUGGCGUUCUUCUGAGCAGGUGGAAAAUGGGACUCCAUCUACUUCACCUCCCUACUGGGACACUGAUGAUGAUGAUGAUGGUGGGCCUAAGCCAUCUGACUUGUAUGGAAAAUAUACAUGGAAGAUAGAGAAAUUUUCUCAGAUUAACAAGAGAGAACUUCGUAGUAAUGCAUUUGAGGUUGGGGGAUACAAAUGGUACAUCUUAAUCUAUCCCCAAGGUUGUGAUGUUUGCAAUCAUCUCUCAUUGUUUCUCUGUGUUGCAAAUCAUGACAAACUACUUCCAGGUUGGAGUCAUUUUGCACAGUUUACGAUUGCUGUGGUGAAUAAAGAUCCAAAAAAAUCAAAAUAUUCUGAUACACUGCAUCGGUUCUGGAAGAAAGAGCAUGACUGGGGAUGGAAAAAAUUUAUGGAGCUGUCUAAAGUGUUAGAUGGGUUUAUUGAUGCUGACACUCUUAUAAUAAAGGCGCAAGUUCAAGUCAUCAGGGAGAAAGCAGAUCGACCUUUUCGUUGCCUUGAUUGCCAAUAUAGGAGAGAACUUGUUAGAGUAUAUCUAACGAAUGUAGAGCAAAUCUGCCGUCGUUUUGUGGAGGAGAGAAGAAGCAAACUUGGAAAGUUGAUAGAAGAUAAAGCUAGGUGGUCGAGUUUCUGUGCUUUCUGGUUGGGAAUUGACCAAAAUUCUAGACGCCGUAUGUCUAGGGAGAAGACAGAUUCAAUUCUGAAAGUUGUAGUUAAACACUUCUUUAUUGAGAAAGAAGUCACAUCUACUUUGGUAAUGGAUUCAUUGUACAGUGGACUGAAGGCUCUUGAAGGCCAGAAUAAGAGCAAGAAAGGCAGGGUGAAAUUGUUGGAUGCUGCUGAAGAAAUGCCAGCACCUAUUGUUCGUGUGGAGAAGGAUACGUUUGUAUUGGUGGAUGAUGUAUUACUGCUACUUGAGAGGGCUGCCAUGGAACCAUUACCUCCCAAAGAUGAGAAGGGUCCUCAGAAUCGCACCAAGGAAGGAAACUCAGGAGAGGACUUUAAUAAAGAUUCCAUAGAACGUGAUGAAAGGCGCCUUACUGAAUUGGGUCGUAGGACUGUAGAAAUAUUUGUCCUUGCUCAUAUUUUCAGCAACAAAAUUGAAGUUGCCUAUCAAGAGGCUGUUGCAUUGAAAAGGCAAGAAGAACUCAUCCGUGAAGAAGAGGCGGCGUGGCAGGCCGAAACUGAGCAGAAGGCAAAACGUGGAGCAACUGAAAAGGAAAAGAAGUCAAAGAAAAAGCAGGCUAAACAGAAACGCAAUAACCGGAAAGGGAAGGAGAAAGGUAGGGAGGAAAGGCCAGUUGUAGCAGUACAGGACAAACUUCUGGAAGAAGACCCUGGUAGUGAUAUAAAGGAUUCCACGAUAGAGGAAGUUGAACCUGUGCUUGAGAAGUCUGGUAUGCUUGAAGAUGUAUCUGAUGUGUCUGAUUCAGUGGAUGGUGUUGCUGAAGUACUGCAGCCUGAUUCAGAAGACAGAGAUGCUAGCCCAAUCAAUUGGGACACUGACACUUCAGAAGUUCAUCCUCCCACUGAAGCCAGCAGUGGAAUAAGCGGCCCUUCAUCUGUACUGAAUGGAGUGUCUGACAAAAAGAGCACGUCUGUGAUGGAUGAUAGUUCCUCAACAUGUUCUACUGACUCGGUCCCGUCAGUGGUAAUGAAUGGACCAUAUAAGGGGAAUUCAUUACCUAACUUCAAAAACCAAAAGCCAGCCAGCAGAGGAAAGAAUCAACGAGGAAAGGCAACACCAGAUGGGAAUAGUUGGCCAACUGAGAUGGAUAAUCAGCCAUCUGUACCUACUGUGGAGGCGGCGGGUGUUGAUGUUACCGGAAGUGGUAAAUCUGGUGAAACUGAUUCGGAGGCUGUUCUUUCGUUGCAGGAUAGGAUAAAGCGGCUAGAGCAACAUGCAGUUAAAACGGAGGAAGAAAUGUAUUCACUGAAGAAAAAAUUGAGUAUAAAUAAAGAUCAGGCAGAGGUUGACAUGCCCCCUAAAGAGAAGACAUUAGCAGUAACACCGUCCCCUGGUAGCCCGCCUAAAACUCUAUCAUCAUCUGUUCAACCGAAGUCUGAGUAUCAGAGCAGUGCUAGUGUGGAUUCUGUUCAAGUGAGGAAAACAUCCUUAAAUGGCGCACAGCAGAUUGAUAGACCAGUGUCUUUGGUUACCUCAUCACAGAACACUACCAUGUCCAAACCUGAGACCCCGAAGACUGCAACUCAAAAACCGACUGAAAAAGCCAUGGCACAUCCGAUUCCUGUGAUGUCAAGACCCUCCAGUGCUCCUCUAAUUCCUGGUCCCAGGCCAACUGCUCCUGUUGUUUCUAUGGUUCAAACAGCCCCCCUUCUUGCCCGUUCAGUGAGUGCAGCUGGUCGUUUGGGCCCUGACCCCUCUCCAGCAACCCAUAGUUAUGUUCCGCAGUCUUACAGAAAUGCCAUAAUGGGUAACCAUGUUGCUUCGAGUUCUGCUGGUUUCCCUAAUGCUAACACAUCAAGCUCGGGAGUGAACCAACCCCCUGCGUACUCGACACCUCCUGCAUUGGUAUCUUCUCCGAUGUUCUUACCUCAGGGAUCCGAAAGGAUGGACCCAGGCACCAUCAAAUCAGGUUUUCCUUUUGGCAUGAUGACUCGAGAUGGCUUACAUAAUGGAACCCACUGGAUGGAGAAUUCCCAAAGGGAACCUGGAAAAAGCAUAAGUUAUGAUACUUCUACUCUGCUCAACGAUGUGCAGAACCUAGACAUAUACAAGCCUUUACCAAGUGGAUCCAGGGAACACUUAUCCUCUGAGUUUUCGGCUGGCACAUCUGGACGUCAGAUCCAAGGUGUGUCUGCAGAUGAAUUUCCACACCUUGAUAUCAUCAAUGACCUGCUUGAUGAUGAAUACGGUAUUGGGAAAGCAUCUAGGGGAGGUUCUGUAAACCAUUUAAAUCGGCAGUUUUCUUUUCCUGGAGAGUUGGGAGGAGCUAGCGAUAUGGGGUCAACUAGCUCUUGCAGGUUUGAGCGAACACGGAGUUACCAUGAUGGUGGGUUCCAGAGGAGCUAUAGCUCUUCAGGGAGCCCUUAUGAAUCUGUCAGAGAGUAUGUCCCACAAGGUAGUCCUCUACCGUAUGUAAAUGGGCAGAUUGAUGGUCUAAUUCAAAACCAGUGGCAGAUGGCCAAUUCUGAUCUUUCUUUACUAGGCAUGAGGAGUCCAGAAUGCGAUGGUUACCCAUAUUAUAACCCAGAAUAUUCUAAUUUGGCAUGCAGCUCCAAUGGUUACACAGUAUUCCGGCCUUCGAAUGGCCAUUGAAAGGAAAGAACAACGGAGUUGGCCUGCGAAUUAGUAUGGCCAUUUUCCGUUGUAUAAUAAUGUAUUCGAGGAAAUUGUUGGGUCUUUAGAUUUGGAGUGAGGUUGUAAUCUUUUCAUAAGAAAACAUUUUGUAAAGAGUGUUUCUUUUGCUUCCAGCCAUUUUAAGUUGCUAGAAAUUUAAGGGUUUCGUUUGUCC